AUGAGCUCCCGGGACGUCCGGAGCGGGCGGCCGGAGGGCCAAUUCGAAAGCGGCGCGGGCAGGAAAGGCGGGCCUCCUCGCCGGCCCAAAGCCUGGGCCCCGCCCGUCCUAGCCUGGAGGGCCCCACGCACCCCUCGCCGUUCGGUCCCGCAGGCCCCGAGUCCCAGGCCCGACCCGCGCAGGGCCUACUUGUCCACCACGAAAGGCUCCAGGGCCCUCAGCGGCCCCUUCGGCCCUCCCGAGGGCAGCCCAGAAAGCAUGGACCUGAGUCUGACAGGCCUCCCUCCGCCCAUGUCCCGGCGUCCCAACAGUGCCUCCACCGCCAAGCCCAUCGCCCGCUCCAUCUCCAUGGUCACUGGCAGCGAGCCAAGGAGGAAGAUGCUGGAGGCCCCAGGGCCCGGAGGCUCCCGGGCCGUCAGCAACCUUCGCAGAUCUAACAGUGCCACUCAGGUCAACCAGCCACAAGCCAACCAGGCAUGGCCUGGCCCCCUCAGGCCGGAAGAGCCCCCGGACUUCCUGACACUCUUUGAGGGCAGCCCCGGUGGGAGAAAGAGGCCUGCCAGUCUGAGCAAAGCUUCCAGCGAGAAGGGAGCCACGUGGAAUGUCCUGGAUGACCAGCCCAGGGCCUUCACCUUGCCACCCGAUGCCCAGAGUCCUGGCACCCUCGACGUGCUGGUGGGCCCGCGGAGGAGAGAGUGCACGGUGCCCCUGGCCCCCAACUUUACUGCCAACAACAGGAGCAACAAGGGCGCCGUGGGCAACUGCGUCACCACCAUGGUGCACAACCACUACACCCCCUCGGAGAAGGUGCCGCCCCCCAAGAGCUCCAACCACAUGGCUCCCUCCCUCAACAACAUCAUCAAGGCAGCCACAGACGAGGGCGAGGGCAGCAGCCUCGGGAAGCCGCAGAAGAACGCGGCCCGUAGCAACCACACGGUCCAGAACAACUCAGGGGGCACCGCCGGCCAGCUCAGACGGAAGGAGGUGACCGAGGAGGAGGCUGAGAGGUUUAUCCACCAGGUGAACCAGGCCGCCAUCACCAUCCAGCGCUGGUACCGACAUCAAGUGCAACGGCGCCGAGCCGGAGCCGCCCGCCUGGAGCACCUGCUGGUGUCCAAGCAAGAGGGGCAGCAGCAGCGGCUAGGAGAGGGGACCCUCCUGGACCAGCACCAACAGAAAGAGGUGGCCAGGAGGAAGGCCCGGGAGGAGAAGGCACGCCAGGCCCGGAGGGCAGCCAUCCAGGAACUGCAGCAGAAGCGAGCCCAGAAGUCAGGUAACGCUGACCGUGGGCUGCUGAAGCGGCCGGGGGAGACAGGGAAGGCCCAGACCACCCAGGAGCCAACCCUGAGGCCGGGGAGCGCCGCCCAGCAGACCCGCAAGGCCAAUAACACUGGGGCUGGCCUCCGCACCGCGGGCCCGGAGGACCCCUGCCAGCCUGCCCACGACUCGUCGCCAGAGCCCAGGCAGCUUCCAGAGGACAAGCCUCAGGAUGCCAGCUUCCAGGACGUGGCUGGCGAGGGCCUGGAAGCUUUGGGCCCUGCUGGGAGCAGGGCCAAGUCCAGGGCAACCCUGGACGAGCUGCUGGACACGCUGAAGCUGCUGGAGCAGGAGCCUGAGCCGCUGCCCCACCCCCAGGCCUACCACAAGGACAAAUACGCCUGGACCGACGAGGAGGACGAUUCCAGCUCCCUGACAGCUGACAACCUGGAGAAAUUUGGAAAGCUGAGUGUGGCCGCUUGCCCCCGCGAGGAUGGGACCCUGCUUUCAGAGGCCAAGCUGCAGAGUAUCAUGAGCUUCCUGGAUGAGAUGGAGAAGUCUGGGCAGGGCCUGCCGGCCUCGGCCCCCCAGGGGCCCAUGCCGGAGGAGGGGCUGGGGCGCCUGGAACCUGCGUCCGAGGUCAGCACGUCGGUGAUGCGGCUGCAGCUGGAGGUGGAGGAGAAGAAGCAGGCGAUGGUGCUGUUGCAGAGGGCGCUGGCACAGCAGCGCGACCUCACCAUCCGGCGGGUCAAAGAGACGGAGAAGGAGCUGGGUCGGCAGCUGCGGCAGCAGAAGGAGCACUACGAGGCCACCGUACAGCGGCACCUGUCCUUCAUCGACCAGUUGAUCGAAGACAAGAAGGCUCUGGGUGAGAAGUGUGAGGCCCUGGUGGCCGAGCUGAAGCAGAGGGACCAGAGGCUCAAGGACAAGGAGGCCCAGAUGCAGGAGCAGCACGAGCUGGAGAUUAAGAAACUCAAAGAACUCAUGAGCGCCACCGAAAAAGUUCGCAGGGAAAAGUGGAUCAAUGAGAAGACCCGGAAGAUCAAGGAGAUCACGGUUAAAGGCCUGGAGCCUGAGAUCCAGAAGCUGAUCGCCAAGCACAAGCAGGAGGUGAAGAAGCUAAAGAGCCUGCACGCGGUGGAGCUGCUGCAGGCGGACGAGCGCGCGGCCCAGCGCUACGGACGCCAGGCGGAGGAGCUCCGCGAGCACCUGGAGCGGGAGAAGGAGGCGCUGGGCCGUCAGGAGUGGGAGCGUGCUCAGCAGCGCUUCGAGCAGCACCUGGAGCAGGAGCAGCGGGCCCUGCAGCAGCAGCGGCGGCGGCUCUACAACGAGGUGGCCGAGGAGAAGGAGCGGCUGGGCCAGCAGGCUGCCAGGCAGCGGGCGGAGCUGGACGAGCUGAGGCGGCAGCUGGAGGAGAGCAGCUCGGCAGGGGGCCGGGCCUUGAGGGCUGAGUUUGAGAAGGGGAGAGAGGAGCAGGAGCGCCGGCAUCAGAUGGAACUGAAGGCCCUGAAAGACCAGCUGGAGGUGGAGAAACAGAUGUGGGAGGCCAACUCCGCCAAGAAGGAGGAAGCGUGGCUGCUGAACCGGGAACGGGAGCUGAAGGAAGAGAUCCGGAGAGGCCGGGACAAGGAGAUCGAGCUGGUCAUCCACCGGCUGGAGGCCGACAUGACGCUGGCCAGGGAGGAGAACGAGCGGGCCGCUGAGAGCCGGGUCAAACGCCUCCGGGAUAAGUACGAGGCGGAGCUCUCAGAGCUGGAACAGUCGGAGCGGAAGCUCCAGGAACGGUGUGCAGAGCUGAAGGGGCGCCUUGGGGAGGCCGAGGGGGAGAAUGUGCGUCUGCAGGGCCUGGUGCGGCAGAAGGAGAAGGAGCUGGCGGAUGUGAAGGCGGUAAAUGAGCAGCUGGCUGGCGAGCGCAGCAGCUUGGCCCAGGUCCUUCGCCAGGAGUUCGCUGACCGGCUGGCAGCUUCCGAGGAGGAGAACCGGCAGGUCAGGGCCGAGCUGGCCGAGCUGCGGGCCCGCCAGCGGCUGGAGCUGGAGCAGCUCACGCGGGAGAAGCAGGCGGAGCUGGAGGAGGUUCACGGGAGGGUGAAGCUGGCCCUGGCAAAGAAGGAGGAGGCGGUGAGCAGCCUCCGGAAGCAGCACGAGGCCGCGAUGAAGAGGGCCGACCACCUGGAGGAGCUGCUGGAGCAGCGCAGGCGGCCGUUCCCGAGUGCCAAGUGACCGCUGACAGCAGCAGGCUGAGGGCGCCUGGCAGGAGGUGCUCUGGCCGCCCCUCAGGUGGAGCACCGAGGCUACGUCGUAACAGUAAAGA